AUGCAGGUCGUUGCAUCACAAACCUUCACCAACGCGCCGAGUACAAAGUUAAUGCACGUACCGAGCUACGAGUCGGUCCCCAAUGACGCGGAGCCUGGCGGACUCAUUGACUCCUCCGAGGGCUCGAAACUCUAUGGACAUGACCCGAAUCAAGCCAGCUCAUUCAUACGACCAGCAAUUUACUACGAGGACGGCCCGUUUGAUCCCCCAAGCUCGGAGGACGAGGACGAGACACUACUCGAGAAGGACGAUGCCCUAGAUGUAAACGAAGACGAAAGAAGGCCUUAUGCCUUUACUGGGCAGCGAGACAGACUGGGUGGAAGACGACCGACGUCUAUCAGAUAUCUUGCACUUGGUCUAGUCGUACUCGUGUCGCUGUCGGCCAUAAUUGGCAUUGUAGCUGCGUACACAUACUCCGGGGCCAAUUCGUAUCAUGCGCCGGGGGUUAAGAAAAUUACGAUGAACCAUGUAUUCAAUGGGACAUUCGCCAUCGAAUCUGAGACUCUGCGCUGGGUUCCAGAAGCUGGAGACGGUGUAUUCUCUAUAGAUUCAGAUGGGUCAAUCAUGCUAGUUGACCUGAAGACGAACAGUUCGCGGAGCCUUGUGGCCAAUGUUGAUGUCAAGGAUGAACAUGGGAACCCAAUUGCUUGGUCAAGCUGGAAGCUCUCGCCGGAUAUGAAGUACUUACUUGUGAAAGCUGACCAUCGCAAGCAAUGGCGCUGGUCGUCGUUUGGAAACUACUACGUCCACAACAUCGAAACGCGAACGACUCGACCCCUCACGGCUCCUUCAAAUCCCCCUACUACGGCUUUUGCGACCUGGGCCCCUACGGGCGAAGCAAUUGCUUACGUCCAAAGCAAUGACUUAUAUGUUGUCGCAGAUCAAAGCUCGAGUCCCAUUCGGGUGACAACAUCUGGCAACGCAUCCCUUUUCCAUGGUGUUCCCGACUGGGUGUACGAAGAGGAAGUCUUCUCAGCCGACUCAGCUCUCUGGUUCUCCCCAGACUCAAAGAAAUUGGCGUUCCUCGCCUUCGACGAGACGCUGGUUGACGAAUACAAUUUCCCAGUCUACAACCCCACCGAAGACAGCAAUCGCGUGGUCCCGUACACAACGGACGUGUCGAUGAAGUACCCCAAGCCUGGGUACAAUAAUCCGCUUGUUACUGUCCAUGUGUUUGACUUGGAUAAAUACCGCCAAGACCGCCUUGCACACAACGCGACCGAGGAGGAAGGGUGGGACGACCAAGAUACCAAGCGACCCACCAUUUCAGGCUUCCCUGCUAUUAAUGCUACGCUGGAGCUUGACUGGCCGUAUCGACAGGCGAAGGAGAACAGCAUCAUCUUAGAGGUCGCCUGGGUUGGUAAUGCCUCGCUCAUCAUGAAGGAGGUCAAUCGAAAUGCUGACAACGGGACCGUGGUCCUAUUUGACUUGGAGUCGGGUGCCGGUGUCUCCGGAGAUGGUCGUAAAGUCACUGGCAAAUUGGUACGAAAAUUGGGCAAAGACGGCGAGGAGGGUGAUGAUGGAUGGAUCAAUAACGAGCAAUAUAUACACCCCAUCCCCCCCAAAUCCGCGCGGCGACAAAUUCUAGGCGAAGCCGAAGCGUAUCUCGAUAUAGUCCCCACGCCGGAGGGUUAUAACCACAUCGCGCUAUUCAGUCCCGCGUCUUCUUCGACGCCCCACUUCCUGACGUCUGGGCCCUGGGAGGUCGUCGGUGGCAUCAAAGGCGUCGACCUUGAGAAAGGCUUGGUGUACUUCGUCGCGGCGAAGGCCUCCUCCAUCGAGCGCCAUUUAUACUCGGUCCCGCUCCCAUCUCUCGUGCGGUCGGCGCCAGCGGAGUCUGAUGCUCCAACGUAUGAGAAAGUGGAGCCAACGGAGUUGACGGAUGCUUCAGAGCGAGCAUAUUACGGCGUCGACUUCUCGCCCCAAGCAGGCUUCUACCUGCUCAGCUACGACGGGCCCAACAUCCCAUGGCAGAAGGUAGUCAAAGCAGGCGACAAGGAGUUUGAGUAUGUAUUGACGACGAACGAGCGCCUGACGAACACCACCGAGGAAUUUGAAGCUCCAAUAGCAUCCUACGGGACGAUCGAAAGCGAUGGCUACGAGCUCAACUUCAAGGAGAUCCGGCCACCCCGAAUGGACGACUCUGGUCGCACGAAGUAUCCGGUCCUUUUCCGUGUGUAUGGGGGUCCGAAUAGUCAGAUGGUCGACCUGAGGUUUGAGCGCCACUGGCAUGACUAUCUUGCGUGCUCGCUUGAUUAUGUGAUUGUCAUCGUCGAUGGGCGAGGCACUGGCUACAAAGGGCGCAAGCUGAGAAACCCGGUGAAAGGAAAUCUCGGAUUUUGGGAGACAAAGGACCAAGUGAACGCUGCUAGGUUAUGGGCGGCCAAAGAUUAUGUUGAUCCGAAAAGGAUUGGUAUUUGGGGCUGGUCGUACGGAGGUUUUAUGGCAUCCAAGGUCGUCGAAGCAGAUGCUGGCAUUCACUCGCUGUCUAUGGCUGUUGCGCCUGUGACCAGCUGGCUUUUGUAUGACUCGAUAUAUACGGAGCGGUACAUGAACCUGCCCAAGCUGAACGGGGGAGGCUACGUGAACGCUUCGAUAUCAAAUGUAACCGCCUUUGACAAGGUCGACUACCUAUUGGCCCAUGGGAGUGCCGAUGAUAACGUUCACUACGCGAACUCGGCACACCUGUUGGAUAUGUUUACAAGGGCCCAGGUUCGGAAAUUUAGGUUCAGGAUGUUCACUGAUAGCGACCACAGCAUCACGCGGCGGGGGGCGCACCGGGAGGUGUACGAGUACCUGACUGGGUUUGUGGUGGAGAAGUGGGGACGCGGCGGCAGAAGACGAGGGUGGUGA